AGUGGUGAACAGAUAGAGAUCUUCAGUAGCCAGAUUUUCUCCAGUUCAUCAGCAAAAUCCAAUCACUCAGGCUGUGUGUAUGAAAAAGAAUUCCCAGGCUCCAGGAUUGAUCUCACAUGCAGUUUUGAAGAUGACACCCAAACAUGAAAAGCAGGAAUUUGUAACAGUUUUGGUACGAGACCCCAGGAUUCAGAAGGAAGACAGUUGGCAUUCGUAUAUAGACUAUGAGAUCUUCAUUCAUACAAAUAGCAUGUGUUUUACAAGAAAAACCUCUUGUGUUCGGCGGCGCUUUCGAGAAUUUGUGUGGCUUCGUCAGAGACUCCAGAGUAAUGCAGUGCUGAUACAAUUGCCAGAACUGCCAUCCAAAACUCCCUUUUUUAACAUAAAUAACCCCCACCACGUUGACCAUCGGCGGCAGGGCUUACAAGACUUCCUCCAACAGAUCCUCCAAAAUCCGCUACUGCUUUCAGACAGUAGACUUCACCUCUUUGUACAAACCCAGCUGAGUCCAGAAGAGAUCGAGGCGUGUGUAUCUGGGCAGACUAAAUACUCUGUGGCUGAUGCAAUCCAGGAGUUUGCCUCUAUGAAACGCCGUUUCCCUAUAGAACAUGAAGAGAAGAAAAAAGAAGAAAAUUAUGCAGAUUCAGAUUCCGAGAGUUCAUCCUCAGGGCUUGGACACUGCAGCGAUGAUAACAUUUCACACGGAUGUAAAGCAAGCACAGUUCCUGAAGAACCCUGAAAUAUCAUUGUAUGUUGCUAUCACCGAAAUGACAGAUAAUACCUUCCAUUGUGGUUGAAAGUUAUACGUUACACUUCCGUCCAGCUGUCAAAGCUUUGUCUUUUCUCCAUUCACCCGUUCGUUCAUUUCAUUUCACAUUUGUAUGCAGUUAC